GGGCAGGGGUCCACGGGGUCUGCACACACACACACACUGCUACCCAGCGCUUCACUCUUUCACUUCUCUCGGUGCCCGGAUCCCCACGUCUCUCUCUCUCUCUCUCUCUCUUUCUCUCCCCGUUCCUCUCCUCUCCUCUCCUCCCUGCUCCGGGCUCACGGCCACGCCAUGGCGGACCAGUACAACAUCCACGAGGAGAAGUACGUGAACGAGAGCCACACCAAGGAGAUAGACCUGGUCAACCGGGACCCCAAGCAGAUCAAUGAAGAUGUCGUGAAGGUGGACUUUGAGGAUGUGAUUGCUGAGCCAGACGGAACCCACAGUCUGGAUGGAGUCUGGAAGGCCAGCUACACCACCUUCACCGUCUCCAAGUACUGGUGCUACCGCGUGCUGUCGGCCGUCUUCGGCGUGCCGGUGGCCCUGAUCUGGGGCUUCCUGUUUGCCUGCAUCUCCUUCUGCCACAUCUGGGCCGUCAUGCCGUGCAUCAAGAGCUGCCUGAUCGAGUCCCAGUGCCUGAGCCGGAUCUACUCGCUCUGCAUCCACACCUUCUGCGACCCUCUCUUCGAAGCCUUGGGCAAGGUCUGCAGCAACGUGCGCGUGGUCGUCCGUAAGGAGGUGUAGGAGCCUCGAGGGGGGGGACAGCGGGAGUGUUUACAGGUCUGUUUGGGGGGCACAAACAGCAGCAGUGCAUCCCUCUCCAUGCUCCUUCUCUCCCAGCAUCCUUCCUUCCUUCCCCCUUUUUCUCCCCAUUAUGCCUUAACCCCCCCCUGUGCAACCUGCCCCUGACAUGCCUCAGAUCUUCUGUUGCCCUGUGAUGGCCCCUUGGUCAGUCCCAUUAAGUGCAACUUGAAGCUCUGGGACACAACCACGCGUGGAGGCCAUACUGAGAAAGAAAAGAAAAGCUCUCGUCAUUGAGGUGACAGGACUUGCAGCAGUGAGCGUGACUCUCUGUGUGAAUGACAAAACAGCAUGCUGACGACAGACGCUGUGCUGUCGUGUCAAUUGUCUGUGACACCCCGUGAGAUUGCUUGAAGACACAGUAUGAUGACAUGAUGCAGUAUCAGACGAUGUGUGUUCUCACUUCUUGACAGUAGUCGUUUAGCUAGUCCCAUGUAACCAAGACUCUUACAGUAUUAGUAUAAGAAUGAAAGCAAUGUUGUCUUUUUAACACUGAGGCAGAAACACAUGAUUCUACCAUUCAAUUUCCUUUUGUAUAUUUAAAUAAAUGAAUUCUAAAUAUGUGA